AUCAAAUUAAAUGAGUAUCAUAUUUUUUACACUUAUGCAAUUGUGAUUUAUUUAAAUGCUUGAAUAUGCUUUCUUCAAAACUAGCUGGUUUAUAUCUUAAGCGGCACUUGGUCACAACAUUAUCGGUGAACUAUGCCCGAUCGCAUUUUACAUAUUUUCCCACUGCAACGGGUCCUGGAAAGAAAAUGAAUAUGUUCAACGCAAUAAAUAAUGCAAUGGAUUUAGCUUUGCAAAAUGACGAAUCGGCUCUUCUAUUUGGAGAGGAUGUAGGAUUUGGUGGAGUUUUUCGGUGUUCUGUAAACCUUCGCGAUAAGUACGGAAAGGAUCGGGUUUUUAAUUCACCACUAUGUGAACAAGGAAUCGCUGGUUUUGCAAUCGGAGUGGCAAACACUGGAACUACAGCUAUAGCUGAAAUUCAAUUUGCGGACUAUAUAUUCCCAAGUUUUGAUCAAAUUGUAAAUGAGGCUGCUAAAUAUCGGUACCGAAGUGGAGAUCUUUUUAACUGCGGGUCUUUAACUUUUCGAGUUCCAUGUGGAGCAGUUGGCCAUGGAGCCCUCUACCAUUCUCAAAGCCCAGAAGCAUAUUUCGCUCAUACGCCAGGUCUUCGCGUUGUGGUACCUCGUGGACCAAUUAAAGCUAAGGGUCUUCUCUUGGCUUGUUUUCGUGAUCCCAAUCCUUGUAUAGUUUUUGAACCAAAAACGUUGUAUCGUGCAGCGGUUGAGGAAGUACCAACGGAAUAUUAUACAUCGGAGCUUGGCAAAGCGGAUGUUCUACGAGAGGGAAACGAUGUCACUCUUAUUGGAUGGGGUACACAGGUCCACAUUUUACUGGAAGCUGCUGAACUGGCCAAAGAAACUUUAAAGGUUGAUUGUGAAGUUAUUGAUUUGGUAUCAAUUCUACCAUGGGACACAAAUACAAUAUCUAAAUCGGCAAAAAAAACUGGCAGAGUAAUAAUUGCACAUGAAGCCCCUUUUACACAAGGAUUUGGUUCUGAAAUUGCUGCUUAUAUUCAAGAAAAAUGCUUUUUACAUCUUGAAGCACCAGUGAAGAGAGUGACUGGAUGGGAUACCCCAUUCCCACACGUAUUUGAACCAUUUUAUUUACCCGACAAACAUCGUUGUUUAACAGCUAUAUCAGAUAUACUUCAUUUUUAAUGGAUUUUCUCGCAAAAAGCUUUUCAAAUGUUGAGGCUCACAAAAUAACGGAUGCAUUUACUUCUUCGCAUAAAUAUAUAUUUUUUAACAAACUUUAUAAUUGAGAAUUAUAAAAUAAAACAAACAUUAUUGUAACAGGAA